AUGAACAGGAGUGGAAAUAUUGCUUAUCGGUCAUUUCCACCUUAUCAUCGCCUACCUACGUGCUCGCUUAUAUCCAAAGAUACAAAUGGCCAACCUCAAAUUACUGUCACUGGCCGCAGCAAACAGGGAAUGCGUGCAAGAUCUGUCGAAUAUGCAUGCUUGCUCCUCACUGUUCGUGUUGAUGAGGGAGAGAAAAGAAGCUCUUUCUCUCGUCCUAAACACGUUGAUCGCAUUGUCAUCAAAUGGACAGAUCGUGAAGGAGAUCUUAGAAUUUGGUCAGUGCUCUUACGAGGCGUUAUAGAUUUAUUUUAUAUAUGUGGUUUGUUAUACAUCUUAUCAGUUUUCUGCUCACCUGAUAGUGAUCCUGGAGAAAGGCUGCAAGCCGCUGAACUGCUAACUAAACUUCAGGCCGACAAGUUGACAGGCCCGCGGUGGACUCGUUUCAUCACAAAAUUCCUGCCACCCAUAUUUGCUGAUGCUCUACGCGACUCUCCCAAUACUGCUGAUCCUGGAGAAAGGCUGCAAGCCGCUGAACUGCUAACUAAACUUCAGGCCGACAAGUUGACAGGCCCGCGGUGGACUCGUUUCAUCACAAAAUUCCUGCCACCCAUAUUUGCUGAUGCUUUACGCGACUCUCCCAAUACUGCGAUCACGAUGUUUGAUUCUACAAACGAGAAUCCAGAGUUGAUAUGGAACGAUGCUACGCGCGUCAAAGUGCGACAGAUCAUAGAGCGUGGAGUGAGCGAAUUGCAUCGCGCUCAAUCCAGCAACCCUGAACACAAAUGGGAUACUGGAUCUCUUGCGGAUGACUCUUGUGCCUAUGCUGACUCUGUUACUGGAGAACUAGUAGUUGGUGGAGUGUUCGUGAGAUUGUACGUAGCAAAUCCUGCGUGGGCGGUCCGUCAUCCGCGACAGUUUGCAACGGAACUUAUUGAAAAGGUCUUAGAGUUGAUGCACAAACCUAGUCCCGAUCUUACUCUUGUGACCACAGCUUUUAUAGAGCUACUGCGUAACUUCCCCAACACUGCAGACCAGUUACCGGCACAAGGUUACCUUCCACAGUUCAGCAAAGCUAUGUCAGCGAAAGAUCCUCAAACA